GCACGAUCGCAGUUCUCCCGUCGCUCAACUGGCGGCAACAUGAAGUCGGCUCUCUGUUUGCUCGCCGUGCUGGCGGCUGUGGCUGCGCAGGUCAGGAGGCCGUCAGGCUUGUACCAGACCCCCGCUCGCGGCUCCGGCAUCGCGGGUCAGGUGUCGGAGAGUCACCAGACGUCUACCGCAGGAGAUGGCCUAGGAGGCGGCUCAGGUGGCCAGGUUGUUGGAGGUGGAGUCAGCACUGGUGGUCAGUUGGUUGGAGGUGGAGUCAGCACUGGUGGUCAGUUGGUUGGAGGUGGAGUCAGCACUGGUGGCCAGUCGGUUGGAGGCGGAGCCAGCACUGGUGGCCACUCGGUUGGAGGUGGAGUCAGCACUGGUGGCCACUCGGUUGGAGGCGGAGUCAGCACUGGUGACCAGUUGGUUGGAGGGGGAGUCGGCACUGGUGGCCAGUUGGUUGGAGAUGGAGUCAGCACUGGUGGUCAGUUGGUUGGAGGUGGAGUUAGCACUGGUGGCCAGUUGGUUGGAGGUGGCGUCAGCACUGGUGGUCAGUUGGUCGGAGGUGGAGUCAGCACUGAUGGUCAGUUGAUUGGAGGUGGAGUCAGCACUGGUGGUCAGUUGGUUGGAGGUGGAAUCAGCACUGGUGGUCAGUUGGUUGGAGGUGGAGUCAGCACUGAUGGUCAGUUGAUUGGAGGUGGAGUCAGCACUGGUGAUCAGUCAGUUGGAAAUGGAGUCAGCUAUGGUGGUCAGUUGAUUGGAGGUGGAGUCAGCACUGAUGGUCAAUUGAUUGGAGGUGGAGUCAGCACUGGUGAUCAGUCGGUUGGAAAUGGAGUCAGCUAUGGUGGUCAGUUGACUGGAGGCGGAGUUAGCUCUGGUGGACGGCCGGUUGGAGGCGGAGUCAGCUCUGGUGGACGGCCGGUUGGAGGCGGAGUCAGCUCUGGUGGACGGCCGGUUGGAGGAGGAGGAAGUGGAGGCAGUGGUGGGUCGGUCCAGUCCUCCGUGUCCUCUUCCAGCCUGUCCAAGCCGGGGUACGGCCACGGCAGUGGUGGCUCGGCCAAGUACUCCCAGUCCUCCUCCAGUCUGUCCCAGCCGGGGUACGGUGGCGGCAUUGGCGGCGUCCAGACGAGCCAGCUCCAGACAAGCGGGCUGCCGUCGGCCCAGCAAGGCAGCUUCUCCAGCCAGACGCUUCCAUCCGGGGCCAACCGGCGACCCACCAACGAGUUCCUGAGCAACCCCAGCAAGUUCGACUCGGCACGUCCGGCAAUCAUUCCGAGGCCGUCCGGCGGGGACAAGCCCGACUACCAGGCGAACAUCUUCCUGAGCGGCCAGGCCGGCGCAGCAGGACCGCAGCUGCAGGGCAGCUCGGUGAGCAGCUCUUCCAGUCAGGGAACUUCGGCUCAGACAACCGGUGGAAGACAGCCCGGGCAGGGCGGGGAUGGACCUGCUGGAAGCGGUUCCCAGCCCGGUUCCGGACAGUCAGGUUAUGGAACUGGAGUUUCUGGCCAGGGACUCCAGUCCCAGGGAGGUAGUGGAGGCGGUAUUGGCCAGGUCGUUUCUGGAAACGGUAUCGUUGGCCAAGGACCUCAGCUCCAGGGAUCCAGCGGAGGAAAGCCAGGACGGGGCGGAUCUGGAUUUUCUGUAGGUAGUGCCCAUUCUAUUGGUGGCCCGGCCGGCUCUGGAGCUGGUAUUUCUGGCCAGAGCUCCCAGUCGCAAGGAGGUAGUGGAGGGAGACCGGGACAGGGUGGGUCUGGAUCUUCCGGAAAUGGUAUUGCUAGCCCAGGUUUCCAGUCCCAAGGAGGUAUUGGGGGACAACCAGGACAGAGCGUGUCUGGAUUUUCCGUAAGUAGUGUCCAGUCUAGUGGUGGCCCCGCCGGUUUUGCAAAUGGCAUCUCUGGUCAAGGCUUCCAGUCACAGGGAGGUAGCGGUGGAAGACCAGGACAGGGAGGACCUGGAUCUCCUGGUGAUUACCAGCCUAGUGAUGGCCUGGCCGGCUCUGGAAAUGGUAUCUCUGGUCAGGGCUUCCAGUCCCAAGGGGGUAGCGGUGGAAGACCAGGACAGGGAGGAUCUGGAUCUCCUGGUGGUUUCCAGUCUACUGGUGGCCCCGCCGGCUCUGGAAAGGGCUCCACCGGUCAGGGCUUCCAGUCCCAGGGAGGUAGCGGUGGAAGACCAGGACAGGGAGGAUCUGGAUCUUCUGGUGAUUACCAGCCUAGUGGUGCCCCGGCCGGCUCUGGAAUUGGUAUCUCUGGUCAGGGCUUCCAGUCCCAAGGGGGUAGCGGUGGAAGACCAGGACAGGGAGGAUCUGGAUCUCCUGGUGGUUUCCAGUCUGGUGGUGGACCGGCCGGCUCCGGAAAUGGCAUCUCUGGUCAAGGCUUCCCGUCCCAAGGAGGUAGUGGUGGAAGACCAGGACAGGGAGGAUCUGGAUCUUCUGGUGGCUUCCAGUCUAGUGGUGCCCCGGCCGGCUCUGGAAAUGGUAUUGCUGGCCAGGGUUUCCAAACCCAGGGAGGAAGUGUAAGAAGACCAGGACAGGCUGGAUCUGGAUCUCCUGGUGGUUUCCAGUCUACUGGUGGCCCGGCCGGCUCUGGAAAGGGCUCCACUGGCCAGGGCUCCCAGUCCCAGGGAGGCAGUGGCAGGCCUGGACAAGGUGGAUCCGGAGCUGGGAGCCAGUUCGGUUCUGGAAAGGGCGUCACUGGCCAGGGCUUCCAGUCCCAGGGAUCCGUCGGCGGAGGAAGACGUCCAGGUCAGCAGACGAUCUUCCGUCCCUCUAGCGGCACACCCUUCGGCCAGGCUGGUGUGGGCAACCAGAUCCUGCUGCUGAACACGAACCCGGGCCUCGGCGGCUCGGGCCCGCUGGGACAUCAGCUGGGUACCUGCUCCGCCUCGCUCGUCUGCGUACCCGUCGCCAUGUGCAACCCCUACACGGGCUUCGUGCGCGGUGGGCUGCGCUUUGAGCCGAAGGAGCCGACCCUGCAGCCCACUGUGGCACUCGACCGCUGCAACCAGCUCAAGGACGGCGGCGUCGGUGACGGCGUCUGCUGCCAGAUGCCGCACAUCAACGACCCCUGGCCCCGUCAGUGAAGCGGCACGCACGGUGAUGUCUGUGACUGCGCUGCUCGGGCGUUGGCAGUGCCUUUUCGCUAUGGAUUCCAUGCUUGUUGUACACAAGUGUCGGCUGUUAACGAGCGAACGAUGUGCAGUGGGACUGCUGAGCAGCGCUGUGUGCUUCACUUGUGCCGGGUUUCCUUGACCCGCCCCUCCGCCAGACCAGUGGCGCUGGUGGCCUGGGGCUGACCGCAUUCGUCCCGGUGCUAUUUGGUGGUCUGCAUGUUUAUUUAUUUAUUACUUUCAUGCCAUGAUCAGGGCAAGUUAUGCAUAUGUCACAUGCCUGACGUGCGAGCACAGCUAACCUGAAUACAUAUGAUAAAUGCAAAGUGUUGAUUUUCUUCGCUGGUACGAAUGUUUUUACCGGUGACUAUACAUACGAUAAGCCUCAAGAGCCCUGUUUCACUGGUCAGUUGAUUAUCAGCCAUGACCCGCCAGGCGUAUCAGGUCAGGUCGGAUCCAACGCGAGCGUCAGUCUCUAGCCGUGCCAUGCAUGGGACACAGCAUGUUGCGUUAUCCAUG